AUGCCAUUUCUCUCUCCCAUUCCCGGAUCCUAUGCCGUCAUCUCCCUCGAUCCUGUGGCCUCUUACAAAGGCCUGAACGAUCCCAUUGUCGCGGAGGCGUGCCAGAAAAUAAGCUGUGGCAAGUAUAUUGCUUGUCUAACGCAGCUCAAUGUGUCGCUGCAGCCGGUCAACAUGAUGGCCAUGGCGCUAAGAUACUGCCCGUACAGAAUCGAUCUUGUUGUCGAGGGUCUGCCUCCGGACGACCCUGACAGAUUCUAUCAUCACGCCAUGUCACUUCCAAUCUUGCCCAACUCCCUUCACCCAAUGGACCGUCGCCCAAUCCAGGCCACUCCUCCUUUGCCAUGGGAUGGGUGCUAUCACGCCGUCCAUUAUCACGCAAAGGUGCGCUGUCCAAUGGGCAAGUCUCAGAAGGACCCUCAGAGCUACCUUUCGCUCGAGGAGGCCGACAUACUUGACCGCUACAUACUGCAUGAUGACGGUCACGCUCUUGCGCAAGAACGAGCUCGGGAUGCAGGAUCUGGCGCUUCUUUUCCACCCGUCCCCGAGAUAUCUAAUGAGUUGCGCAUUGCGACCAAGCAUUCGACCCCAAAUACUUCUACGCCGACGCCUUGGUGGCUUCUUGAGAGUAGCUCCAGCACCGAUUCGGGCGAGUCGGCGAGCUCGGACUCGCACUCCGAGUUCUUCGAUACACCUUCUGGCGCCGAAUGUUCCUCCGCUACGCCCCUAGGCACCAGUGAGGAUGUCCGUGUGAUGGAGAUGAUCUUCAGUCCUGCCAUGCGUGCGGAACUCCUCCCUGUUGUGCAGUUCUCCUACGACUUGACGGAAUUCGACCGUCCGCCUGACCCCUCAGGAUUCUUCCAAGAGCUCUCACAGCUGAAGCGGAUUCUAGCGGACUACGACCAGCGCAAGGAGCAGAAGAGAGCGGAGCUGUUGAAGCAGGACGACGAGUACUACUCUCGACUGCGAGCGGAGAUUCCGCAGUCUAAGGCGCCGACGCGCCUCCGUCAAUUCAUAGGCCGGGUACGAGACGUUCGUGCGCACGACCUCAUGACCAGACUGCGCGAGGUUUGCCGCGUGAACCCUUACAGGCUGCGCCUGCACGUACACGUCCAGCGCGGACACGAUGGGACGCGCUUAUCCACGACGAGCUUUCUUAUUCGAGUUGAGAUUGUGAAUUUGACGGGGAGGGAACCGCACGUGGAUUCUCGUGCAGAGACCGUCUACAUUUAG